AUGGAAUACACAUAGUCCACUCUGUUUGAAUUUGGUGAGCUUACCGAUUCAAACCACAGACAAAAACAACUCAAGUGGGUGCACCUCGAGCGAACAUGUCAAAACAGAAGCCACCGUCCAUUCCCCCGUUCGGCGGCCAGCUGUCAAACUCGUACGUUCCACCACAGAAUCGAAAAGAAAAACAUUGCACUACUAGCUGGCUGUGAAUCGCAUCGCACACGUUCGACCAAAGCACAGAGCGAGCAAACCCCGCGAAUGUGAACCAAUUUCAUGGCAAAUUAGCAAAACAAACACAGUGUCGAGCGCGCGAGGAUCGGGAAGGAUGCUGUCGUCCAGGUUGCUGCCACUGUUGCUGCUGGUGUCCGCCAGCAUCUGUUACCACAACACCGAGGCCAGUACGCACUGGUUGCUGAACACCAAUGGUCAAAUCAUACCGCAGCUCACCUCGCCCUUCUACCUGCGCCGCUCGUACGAUCUGAUCGCGUUCCUCAAUCAGAAUGUGUACAAGCAGAAAAUAGAUCUGAUCAUCGCGGAGCUGCUGCAAAUCAAGUCGAAUCUCACCGCCAAGAUGAACAACUUGGACGCGUACACGAACGAGCUGACGAACAAGAUCGGCUGCAUUCCGAACUUUUACCUGGACGAGUCGGACAUCCUGAGCACGAUCAUCAACAUGAACUACAUCAACCGGAUCACGGUGCCGGACAAGACGUCGACGACGACGGUGUCCGCCAGCGUAGGAAACUCCCGUGCCGUAGCGUCCAAGGGCAAGAACCCGUCGCCCAAGUGCGCCGACUACCUGAAGCUGGACUUUAGCGUGGCCAGCUUCGACCAUCUGGACGGACUGCACAACCGAACCCAGCUCAAGAUGGCCCCGGAAGACAUGUUCAAGUCGCUCGAGUACUACAUCCCCUCCGUCAAGUCGCCCCAAGCGCUAGCCGACGAUCUGCGCAAGCAUCCGACCUCCUGGAAGUACCACACGAUAGCUUCCUACUACUGGCGCAAAAAGGGCAACGCCCGCGAGGCGAUCGAAUGUGCCCGCCGAGCGGUCAUCCUAGCCCCCCGCAAACACAAGGACAUCCCGCUGCUCAGCAUGGGCACCAUUCUGCAGCGAUCCCAGUACCUGAACGACUCGCUCGUGGUUCUGCGGGCCGCCGUCGACCACGAGCCGAGCGAGCCCGAGAACCAGAUGGCCCUCGGCAACACGUACAUGCUGCUGUCCGAGUUUAACCGGUCCUUCGAGGCGUACAAGGCGGCCGAAAGUUUGGACUCGGUGUACUCGGAGCACAACGACUACAUCAAGAAGUCGAUCAACUGCUUCAAGGAUCUCAAGAUCAACCUGCUGACGAUGGAGAGACUUCUCCAGGACAUCAUUCCGGGCCUGGAACGGUACGGUUCGCUUCAGAAGGAGUUUGACGAGUACCACGAAAAGCUCGACCGGGAGCAGGCUCCCCUCAAAACUCGCGUGUUCGACGAGGCGUACAGCAAGCAGGUGGACUUUCUGAUCCAGCGCAGCCAAAUCUGCACGACGCGCAUGACCAAGGAGAAGAGCGAACCGAUCCUGUCCUGCGACUUCAUCUCCGACGUCCAGAUGCUGAUGGAGGACUUUGCCGUGGAGAUACUCAACAAUUACGUCGACCUGAAGAAGGAGCUGAUCAACACGUACAAAAUAAAUUCGCUCGGAAUUUACAAGAAGAUCUUCGUGGAGCAUUUCUGAGAGUCACUCUCUCCCUCCUUAACGGACUUUCGUUUUUAAUUAAGUGUCUCCACCUUCCGCAACGGAAAUGAGGUGGGUUUUUUGUACAAAUAAAGAAGAUUUUAACAUUUGAAGCACAA